GACCGGACCGGUUCGUCGCUAUUUCUUCAAACCCGUUUGAGUCACACGCGUGCCACUUCUACCAAACGGCUCGCAUACAAAUCGUUUGCCGUUCGCCUACAACGCCAAGGUGCGCACGCUCGGUAGGCACGGUGACGGAUCGAGACACGCAAUUUUUGGCGCCCGACGCAGCCGGUCAUCAUCAGCGCUGUUCGCUGGUUAAUUUCUGAGUUCGGUAUCAUCCCAGUUCCUAACGUGUAUGCUUUGGUUGUGGCCGUUGCCUUAGGGCCGGAACGGCUCAUCGCUUGCCACAGGCUCUGUGCGCUCCACCGGGAGGCCCAGUGGUGUAAUUUCGGAGCCAUCCAGUUGUUACCAGAAAGAAUGAAAAUUAGGUACGAGCGGGCACUUGGAGCAGCAGCAGCACCAGCGGAGGCAUUCGGCAGCUUCAGCUACGCCAGCAACGACGACGACGGUGGAAGAUGCUCUCAUGGCAUUUCUUAACCUACGUGAUUGGAUUUCUGCUGUGCGGCGGCCAGCUUCUAACAAUAGCUAAUGCAAACGUAAUUCACAAUGUGUUGGGCCUCCCGUCGACCUGCGUUCACCAGAAUGUGGUUCGUCAGUGUCGAUUGUCGUUUUCCUGCUGGCUUGAAGGAGGCCGCCAUGUGGCCGGAUGUGGUGACAAUCGCUGGUUGCUGUCGUGCUGCGUCAAGGACAACGAUCUACAAACAUCGGCGUCGUCCUCGUCCUCAUCGUCGUCAUCAUCAUCAUCGUCAUCGGCGAUGUUCAAUCCAAAAUUAGCAUUCGCUGCUCCAAUGCGUCCCGCCACGGCGAUGGUGCCAAUGGGCGUGAUGCCGAUCUCCCCUGUCAAAGCGCAUCCGUACGUUACAGCAUCCAAGAAGAGUAGUUUUUUCCGUCGGCGAUCCGAUCAAAUGGGAAUUAUGGGAGACUGCGGGAUAGCUCGGACACCUCAAAACACCCUGCAAAAACGAAUAAUCGGAGGUCGCACGGCCAAUUUCGCCGAGUAUCCAUGGCAGGCACACAUUCGAAUAGCGGAAUAUCAGUGCGGUGGGGUGCUGGUGUCACGGAUGUUUGUCGCAACUGCCGCCCACUGUAUCCAACAGGCGCGGCUGAAGGACAUUACCAUCUACCUGGGUGAGUUGGAUACACAGAACUCAGGGAAAAUUGCCGAACCACUUCCGGCGGAAAAGCACCGGGCCGAGCUGAAAAUCGUACACCCCAAGUUCCUGUUUCGAAUGACCCAACCGGAUCGAUACGAUCUUGCCCUGCUGAAGUUGACCAGGCCGGCCGGCUAUAAAACGCACAUACUGCCGAUCUGUUUGCCUUUGAGGCCUUUGGAGCUGAUCGGACGAAAAGGAAUCAUCGCCGGUUGGGGUAAGACCGAUGUCAACAUGGGACAAACUGGUACGAACAUUCUACGAACGGCGGCUGUUCCGAUUAUAAGUACCAAGGAUUGUCUUCGCUGGCAUAAAAGCAAAAUGAUCAACGUUGAAUUGUACAAUGAAAUGUUUUGUGCCGGUCACUCGGACGGUCACCAAGAUGCUUGUUUAGGUGACUCAGGAGGACCGCUAAUCAUAAACGACCGAGGACGGUUCACGCUGAUCGGCAUCACCAGUGCCGGGUUCGGUUGUGGUGUAGACCACCAGCCAGGAAUCUACCACAACAUCCAGAAAACGGUCAAAUGGAUCCAGAAUGUGAUUUUAACCGGAAGCUAAUCAACACUGGUCUGAGGCAGGACAGAAACCGGUCCUGCGGGGAAACGACGGUGUGCGGUUUGCGGGAAUCUGACAGUAUUUUGUUCCGUAUUUUAUCGUAGAGAUUAUUCACUUUAGUGCGUGUGCACAGAUAUUCUAUUUUAGAGAAAUUUUACUAUGUAGUACCGUCAUGACAAGCUGAAUGUGAUUAUUUACUUUUAACCAUUGUUUCGAAUUUUAUGUUUUUUUUUUCGGGGACAAACUUCUUUGAUAUUCGGUGGACGAUUCUAUUCAAUUGGUUUCAAUUAAAUUAUAAACUCAUUUUUCCUUUUAGAAGCACCUAUUUAGUAUGUAGUAAAUAUAAUCGGUAAGCAAAAUAUUUAUUUUAAAGUAGAGCAUGAA